AGCCUUCCAGCCUCCCAACAAAACAAAAAAUAACAGCACAAGCAGCGUAAAGCCACACGCAAAGCUAUAUUUUUCAUCUCUCUUUACCCACAAAACAAACUAUGUGUAAUCCAAAUCCAUCUUCUCCCUCUCUAUCACUCUCUUCCAAGAAAACCCAUAACGUAAAUCUCAUCAAGUCUACGGAUCUUCAACCAGAUAGUACUGAAGAGCUUCAUAGGUGGCCAACACCUUCUGAGGCCUUGGAAGAAAUCAAAGCCAUAGGGAAAAUCUCAGGCCCAACAGCCAUCACAGGUCUACUUCUAUACUCAAGAGCCAUGAUCUCCAUGCUUUUUCUCGGCUAUCUUGGAGAGCUUGAGCUCGCCGGAGGAUCUCUCUCCAUCGGCUUCGCCAACAUCACCGGCUACUCCGUGAUCUCCGGCUUGGCCAUGGGAAUGGAACCCAUUUGCGGACAAGCUUACGGCGCAGAACAAUGGAAGCUUCUCGGCUUAACUCUGCAAAGAACAGUGCUUCUCCUCCUCUCCACCUCCAUUCCCAUCUCUUUCAUGUGGCUAAACAUGAAGAGAAUCCUCUUGUGGUGCGGUCAAGACCAACAAAUAUCAUCAGUCGCCCAUACUUUCAUUCUCUUCUCCAUUCCAGACCUCUUCUUCCUUUCACUUCUUCACCCUCUUCGAAUCUAUCUCAGGACCCAAAGCGUCACAUUACCGUUAACUUACUGUUCAGCCAUCUCUGUUCUCCUCCAUGUCCCAAUCAAUUUCCUUCUUGUCAUCCAUUUCAAGAUGGGUAUUUCAGGGGUUGCAAUAGCAAUGGUUUGGACUAAUCUCAAUCUCUUCCUCUUGCUUUCUUCCUUCAUAUACUUCUCCGGCGUGUAUAAAAAGUCGUGGGUAUCUCCGAGCAUGGAUUGCCUCCGGGGAUGGUCGUCUUUGCUCGCCCUGGCGAUUCCGACCUGCAUCUCCGUCUGCCUUGAAUGGUGGUGGUAUGAGUUCAUGAUAUUGCUGUGUGGACUUCUUGUCAACCCGAAAGCAACUAUUGCUUCCAUGGGAAUUCUCAUCCAGACCACCUCUCUUGUCUACGUUUUCCCCUCAGCUCUCAGUCUUGGAGUUUCCACAAGAAUUGGGAAUGAAUUAGGCGCAAACCGGCCGGAAAAAGCCAGAAUUUCCAUGAUCGUCUCCCUAGUCUGCGCCGUCGGAUUAGGCCUCGCAGCCAUGCUGUUCACAACGCUAAUGAGGCAUCAAUGGGGGAAGUUCUUCACAACCGAUGCAGAAAUUCUAGACCUUACUGCAAUUGCAUUGCCCGUCGCCGGGCUCUGCGAGCUCGGAAACUGCCCGCAAACCACCGGCUGCGGAGUUUUGAGGGGCAGCGCGAGGCCGACCAUCGGAGCAAACAUCAAUUUGGGCUCAUUCUAUCUAGUGGGCAUGCCUGUGGCAAUCUUCUUGGGGUUUGUGGUAAAAAUAGGGUUCUCGGGGCUCUGGCUAGGCUUGCUUGCGGCGCAGGCUUCUUGUGCUCUGCUCAUGCUUUAUGUUCUCAGCAACACGGAUUGGACGGUUCAGGUAGAGAGAGCAAGGCAACUCACACAGACUUAUACUACGUCUCCACCUCCGUUGCCAAUAUCAUCAUCAUCAUCAUCACCGGCGACAUCUAACAGUGAGGAAUCCGACAAGAAGGCUAAUCUUGAAGAGAUACUGUGCAUUAAUGGUGAUGAUCAGCUUCUGAAGUUAGCCUCUCUUGAAACAGACCCUCUUAUAUCUACUCGACAUCAUACAGUGGAUUGAUGGGAUUUUCACUUCCGCCAUUUUUCCCCCAGCUCAUGUGAAAAUUAUUUAGAUUAAACUCCUUUUAUUUCAAAAGUUAUUGUAUUAACAAUAAAUUAAUUAAUUAAUUUAAAAAAAAAAAAAAAAAAACCAUUGU